GCCGCUCCGCGCGGCUGCCCGCCCGCCUCCGCCCCGGGUUCCCGGCCGAUCCCCCCCGACGGAGCGGCCAGGGCACGUCCGGACCGAGGGGCAGAAGGCUCCGAGGGCCCCAGGCCUCCGGCGGCCCCACUUCUAGGGAAACUGAGGCCCCUGCGCUGAGCGGCGGCGCGUCAGGGUGCAGGGGGCCCGGAUUUGGUGCCCCCAGCCAAGAGCUCCGUCCUGCAAGAGGCAGGGGGGAGGAGUGUGGGGGCAAGGCGCAGGGGUCUCUGAUCCUUCCGCAGUAGGGAGGCUGAAGGCGGUGGGGCUGGCUGGCUUGUGUGACCUAGGCCAAGUCACUCUGCCUGCCUGGGUCUGGGUGUCCUCACUUGGGGGGAUGGCUGUGCCCUCCGUCUCUGGGCCGGGACAGAGGAGCCAGGGACAGAGACCGUGAGAGACUGUGGACCUCAGCCCUGACCCAGAAAGGAGGCCCGAGUCGGGGUGAUGCUGAAGAUGAUGACCUUCUUCCAAGGCCUACCCGGCCAGCAGACUGUCCCAGGGGUUCCCGACCUCCCCAGAAGCUCCCAGAAGUUGCCCCCCGCCUCAGAGGUGGAAUCAGAGGCCUCCAUGUCGGAGGCCUCUUCUGAGGACCUGGUGCCACCCCAGGAGGCCAAGGGAGCCCCGGACAGGGAUGAGGAGGAGGCUACCAAGAAGAAGAAGAAGAAGAGGCCAAAAGGACUGGCCAACGUGUUCAGCGUCUUCACCAAAGGAAGGAAGAAGAAGGGUCAGCCCAGCUCAGCAGAGCCAGAGGGCCAGCCCGAGUCCCAGCCUGAGCUGAGUGGCCCGCUGCCCACAGCGGAGGAGCUCAAGGCGGACCUGGAGCGCGGGCGGCUGGAGGCGGCGCGGCCGCUGCUGGUGCUGGAGCGCGAGCUGCAGGCGGCGGCGGCGGCGGGCGGCGAGAGCGCGGAGGAGCUGGUGCGGCGCCAGAGCAAGGUGGAGGCGCUGUACGCGCUGCUGCGCCACCAGGUGCUCGGCCUGCUGCUGCGGCCGCUGGACGUGGCGCCCGAGCGGCUGCGCCAGGCGCUGGCGGUGCUGACGGAGCAGGAGCGCGAGGACCGCCGGGCGGCGACGGCGGCGGAGGCGGCCGGGGGCUCCGGGGCGCUGGUGUCCGCGCGGCCCCGGCGCUGGCUGCAGCUGUGGCGGCGCGGCGUGGAGGAGGCGGCCGAGGAGCGCCUGGGCCGCCGGCCGGCCGCGGGCGCCGAGGGCCUCUCGGAGGCCGAGCGCACCUUUCUGCACAUGGGCCGCACCAUGAAGGAGGACCUGGAGGCCGUGGUGGAGCGACUGAAGCCGCUGUUCCCCGCCGAGCUGGACGUGGUGGCCGCCUACGCGGAGAGCUACCACCGGCACUUCGCGGCCCAGCUGGCGGCCAUGGCGCAGUUCGAGCUGUGCGAGCGCGACACCUACAUGCUGCUGGUCUGGGUGCAGAACCUCUACCCCAAUGACAUCAUCAACAGUCCGAAGCUGGCCGGGGAGCUGCAGAGACUCAACCUUGGGAGCCUCCUGCCCCCCAGGCAGAUCCGGCUGCUGGAGGCCACGUUCCUGUCCAAUGAGAUGACCAGUGUGAAGGAGUUGAUGGCCCGUGCCCUGGAGCUAGAGUGUCAGCGCUGGGCCCGGGAUGUGGCUCCCCAGAGGCUGGACAGCCACUGCCACAGCGAGCUGGCCAUUGACAUCAUCCAGAUCGUCUCCCAGGGCCAGGCCAAGGCCGAGAGCAUCACCCUUGACCUGGGCACGCAGAUAAAGCAGAUGCUGCUCCUGGAGCUGGCCACAUUCCUGAGGAGCUACCAGCGAGCCUUUGAUGAAUUUCUGGAGAGAGGCAAGCAGCUGAGAAAUUACAGGGCCAAUGUCAUUGCCAAUAUCAACAACUGCCUGUCCUUCCGGACAGCCAUGCAGCAAAAAUGGCAGACACAAGACCUCCCCGGUCACCUGCUGGGCCCCCUGAGUGAGCUCAAGAGUCACGGCUUUGACACCCUGCUCCAGAGCCUGUUCGGGGACCUGAAGCCGCUGUUUAAGAGGUUUACACAGACCCGCUGGGCCGCCCCCGCGCAGACCCUGGAGGAAAUCAUCUCCACCGUGGGCGAGAGGCUGCCUGAGUUUUCGGAACUGCAUGACUGUUUCCGGGAGGAGCUCAUGGAGGUUGUACACCUGCACCUGGUGAAGGAGUACAUCGUCCGCCUCAGCAAGCGGAGCCUGGUCCUCAAGUCCGCGGAGCAGCAGCAGCAACUGGCGGGUCACAUCCUGGCCAAUGCCGAGCUCAUCCAGAGUUUCUGCACUCAGAAUGGCUCCCCAGCGACCUGGCUGCAUCACGCCCUCCCCAAGCUUGCCGAGAUCAUUCGCCUGCAAGACCCCAGUGCCAUCAAGAUCGAGGUGGCCACUUAUGCGACCUGGUACCCUGACUUCAGAGUGUGGGGAAGAAUAUUUCAGGAGGAACAGCCAGUGCGGAGGUCUGAGGUGGGCAGGAGUUCGGUGCUCUCCAGGGAAGGACAGGUGUCCAGGUUGCUGGAGUACAGCGGGCAAAGGAUCGACAAAGGCCACUUGAGUGCCAUCUUGGCCAUCAAGGGAAACCUAUCGAGCAGUGAGGUCAAGAGCAUCCGAAGCAUCCUGGACGUCAGCACGGGGACACACGAGCCCUUCAAGGCCCUAUUUUCGCUUAUAAAAGUUGGUUAGCUUUUCCUGCCACCCGACCUGCUUGCGAGCACACAGUGAGCAUCGGGCACCACCCCCCUUGGUGGGCAGCCACCCACUUGGGGGCUGUUCAGACCAGCCCCCGCUUCUUGGCUCCUCGACAGGCUUCCGGCCUACUGCUGCUGCUUCUGCCCAGCCUUGGCUAAGGCACAAACCCCUGGGCAGCUAGAAUUGGAUAGGCCCCGAUUUGUUUACCGGCCCAGCUCGGGGCGGGACACCCAGUGUGGGGAGCUGCAUGGAGCUGGGCUCAGCGCGUCUAUGGACUCGAAGGCAGAAUUGGAAAGGCAAGGAGGCAAAAAUGAACCCUUAUCUGGGGCCUCGGCCUCCUGGGUCCUCCAUGCACUGACAGGGGUGCCUCCAUGGGUCCUCCUGGAAGUCAGCCUGAGGUCUGGACAGGGCAAGCCUGACCUCUGACCCCUUGGCCUCUGUAUCAGUGUCCCUGUUGCUGCUGGAACACGUUUCCACAAACGUGGCAGUUUCAGUUGGAACUUAUCCUUCGGUUCCGGAGGUUAGAAGUCUGACACAGGUCUCAUGGGCUACAACCAAGAUCCCAGCGGGGCGGGCUCCUUCUGGAGGCUCUGGAGGGGAUUUCGUUGCUUUUCCCAGUUUUUAGAGGCUGCCUGAAUAUCGUGGCCCGUGGCUGCCUUCCAUCUCGAAAGCCAUCGGUGGCCAGUCAAACCUUUUUCACAUCACAGACCUCAGACCUUCUCUUCUGCCUCCGCUCCUGUCUUCCAGCUUUAAGGACCCUUUUGAUUACCUUUGGCCCACCUAGAUAAUCUGGGAUCAUCCCCAUUUGAAGGUUAGCUGAUUAGCAGCCAUAAUUCCUUACUUAUGUCAGGUCCCUUGGCCGUGGACCCUGACAUAAUCACAGCUCCAGGAGUCAGGACGUGGGCAUCUCUGGGGUGGGGGGGGGGGCACUAUUUUGCCCACUGCAGCCUUCAUGCAUCCCUGCCCUGUAGGGCACCUUAUCCUACCCCUCUGUCACCCCCCGCCCCCGGCCUCUGCCCACCCACGAGGCCCUCCAGUUCAGCCAGUGCAGUUCAGACUUAAGCAUGCCUCAGCCGCGUGCCUCUGACAGUACUGAGCUGGGGUUUGUCCCCUCUUUCCAGGUACUGUGGCCAGGAGCUGGCCUGUGUAAAUGGUGCACAAAGGCCUUUGUACAUUUGUAGGAGUUAGUGUGUGUUAAUAAUGUCAUUAAUAUUAUUUUUGAUAGUACUGCUUUUGUAUGUAAUGUACUCAGGACAUGGUCCGGAUUUUUAUAGCUUAAUAUAAAAAACUGAUUUCA